AGAUUCAUUACCGCCAGAAGGAAGUCAAAGAUUUUGUAAACGAAGGUCAGAAAGCCAUGAGAUACUCCGCAGGCGACUGCUGUGCGGUUUGAGCGCGUCUUCAGACGCUCAGACGGAGCGCCCAGCAACGGAACGGUCCUGCUCUUGCUCACAAAUACUGCAAUGAUGAUGAUGAUGAUGAGGAGGGGGCACUGCAGCAAGCACCUGGCCAUUGGCUGCCUGAUACUCUUCCUUUUUGUGCUGCAUGUGGCCGGCAAAGAGCAGUCGCCAUCCGGCGAGCCAUCGUCCUCCCAUCGCCGACAGCAGCAGCAUCGCAGCCGUUCGGGCAAGCGUUUCUCACGCGACUCGAAUGGACCGCGCGAACGGCGACCGAACAUCAUACUGAUACUCACCGAUGACCAGGACGUGGAGCUGGGAUCGCUGAACUUUAUGCCGCGCACGCUGCGACUGCUGAGGGAUGGCGGGGCCGAGUUCCGGCACGCCUACACCACCACGCCCAUGUGCUGUCCGGCACGAUCCUCGCUGCUGACGGGCAUGUACGUGCACAACCACAUGGUGUUCACGAACAACGACAACUGCUCGAGUCCCCAGUGGCAGGCCACCCACGAGACGCGCUCCUAUGCCACGUACCUCUCGAAUGCCGGCUACCGCACCGGCUACUUCGGCAAGUAUCUGAACAAGUACAACGGCUCGUACAUACCGCCGGGGUGGCGCGAGUGGGGCGGCCUGAUCAUGAACUCCAAGUACUACAACUACAGCAUCAAUCUGAACGGGCAGAAGAUCAAGCACGGCUUCGACUACGCCAAGGACUACUAUCCCGAUCUGAUAGCCAACGACUCGAUUGCGUUCCUGCGCUCCUCGAAGCAGCAGAACCAGCGCAAGCCCGUCCUCCUCACGAUGAGUUUCCCGGCGCCGCACGGCCCCGAGGAUUCGGCCCCGCAGUACAGUCACCUGUUCUUCAACGUGACCACCCACCACACUCCCUCGUACGACCACGCACCCAAUCCGGACAAGCAGUGGAUCCUCAGGGUCACCGAUCCCAUGCAGCCCGUGCACAAGCGCUUCACCAAUCUGCUGAUGACCAAGCGGCUGCAGACGCUCCAGAGCGUGGACGUGGCCGUCGAGCGGGUGUACAACGAGCUGAGGGAUCUCGGGGAGCUGGACAACACGUACAUUGUGUACACCUCGGACCAUGGCUACCAUCUGGGGCAGUUUGGCCUGAUCAAGGGCAAGAGUUUCCCCUUCGAGUUCGAUGUGCGAGUGCCGUUCCUCAUCCGUGGCCCAGGCAUACAGGCCUCCAAGGUGGUCAAUGAGAUCGUGCUGAAUGUGGAUCUGGCUCCCACUUUCCUGGACAUGGGUGGAGUGCCCACGCCCCAGCACAUGGAUGGCCGCAGCAUUCUGCCGCUGCUGCUCAGCCGGAAUCGCGCUGUGAGGGAUAACUGGCCCGACAGCUUCCUCAUCGAGAGCUCCGGACGGCGCGAGACGGCCGAUCAGAUUGCCGAGUCGCGGGCACGGCUCCAGGCCGAGCGACGCAGCAUGAAGCUGGCCAAUAGCUCGCUGCUCGAGGACUUUCUGGGCGGAGGGGCCACCUCCACGCCCGGCAGCACGGCUGCCACGCUAAUGAGCCCCAGCACCACCCAGCAGCAGAUGCAGCAGCAGCAGCAGCAGGAUGACUUCGACGAGGAUACGGAAACGGACAACGAGGAGGAUGACCUGGAUGGCGAUGGAGCCAUGGACAGUUCAGCGGCUGCCUUGGAGGACGAGGAUCUAGAGGAUGCCGCUGGCGAGGAUGGUGACGACGACGAGCUGGAGGAGCAGGAGCAGGAGCUGCUGCAGCAGCAGGACAACAAUCUGCCAGUGGCCCCGUACGUAACCAAAAUGAUGCGCCUCAACUCGGAGUGCUCGGACCCAGCGCUGCUGAAGAACUGCCUGCCCGGCCAGAAGUGGAAGUGCGUCAACGAGGACGGACGCUGGCGGAAGCACAAGUGCAAGUUCCACCUGCAACUCGAGCAUCAGCUGGCGGCCAUGCCCCGGAAGCAGUACCAACGCAAUUGUGCCUGCUUCACCUCCGAUGGGCUGGUGUACACCAAGAUCCGAGCACCCUCCGCGAGUGGACACCGCCUGAACAAGCGCACGCACCAUGGUGUGCACCAGGGGGGCAAGCGCAGGAACAAGCGGGAGCUUGUCGUCUAUCACACCGAAAUGCCCUACGAAAUGGAGGAGCUGCUGGGUCUGCACCAAACAAUCGAUCUGCUGGCAGAGCACAGCCAUCGCAGCAAGCGCGAGGUGGCCGCCAAUCCCCAUCCCAAUUCCAGUCCCAAUCCCAGUUCCAACUCCAACGAAACGAUUGCCCAGGUCAUCCAGCAGAUACAGACCACACUGGAGACUCUGGAGCACAAGUUCAACGAGCAUGAGCUGCACAGCAGUCUGAAUGGAAACUCCAGCUCCAGCUCCAUCUCCAGUUCCAGUUCGAAUUCCAAUUCCUUUGUGCGUGGCGGAAAGUUUCCCAAGACUGGGGGACGGGUGGGCCAUCGGUGCUUCGUGGAUGCGAACACGGGCAAGGUGAACUGCUCGGAUGUGAUCUACGAUGAUGAGAAGACGUGGCGCACCUCGCGCAACCAGAUCGAUAUGCUGAUCAAGCUGCUGAAGGACAAGAUCGGCAGGCUGAAGGAGAUGAAGAAGCAGCUGCGGGAGAGCAACAAGCUGGCGUUGGCCGCUGGCCGCCGCAACGAAAGCCGCAGACGCAACGAGGCCAACAUUUUGGGGGAGACUGGAGCCGGACCCGAGUUCAACAUGAGCUACUUUACGGGAGCAGCUGCCAGCAGCACGGCGCGGCCCAGUGUGGGACAAAAGGAGAUAUUCCGCGGCUUCGGCAGUGCCGCCGUCUUUGACUCCUUGGAGCAGGAACAGGAGCAGCAGCAGCCCCAGACGCCGCGCUAUGCCUCGCGGGCCGAAUGCUACUGCGAACCAGAUGCGGGCGAGAACUAUGCCGACUCCAAGGAAAUGGCUCGGGAGGCGCGUCGAAAGCUGAAGGAGGAGCGUCAGCGCAAGAAGGAGCGCAAGCGGAUCAAGAAGGCCCGUCUGGAGAAGGAGUGCCUGUCCGAGAAGAUGAACUGCUUCUCGCACGACAACCAGCACUGGCGCACGGCUCCCCUGUGGAACGAUAGCCCCUUCUGCUUCUGCAUGAACGCCAACAACAACACGUACUCCUGCCUGAGGACCAUCAAUGCCACCCACAACUAUCUCUACUGCGAGUUCACCACGGGCCUGAUUACCUUCUACAACCUGACCAUAGAUCGCUUCGAGACCACGAAUCGCGCUGCCAGUCUGACGCCCGGCGACAGGGCCCACAUGCACGACGCCCUGGAGCAGCUGAAGGGCUGUCGAGGACGCAGCUGCAGCGUACGCAGACACCAGGCGCACCUGGAGACCGGCUCUGCUCCACACUUGCCUGCAGUCGUCAAUCAAGUGCAGCGCAACAACAAACGCAAGCACUCUCCUCUGUCGGCCAGUGUGGGCAACUUUGGUUUUGUGGGCAGUCGACUGGACGUGGAUGGGCUGCCGCCCUUCAAGCGUCGCAAGCUAUCCAAAUACCACAGAUGGACUGGCUCGCAGCAGACGCACAUGAAGAGGCGCCCCUGGAAGCAGCAGCAGUCCACACUGCAGUCCACCCGGCUGCUGCCCACGCAGGCAGUGACUGCAGCAGCGGCGGCCUAGACGGAGACUCAACUCAGUUGGCUGGAUGGACAGUGGCACAGUUGCACAGUUGCCCAGUUGGAGUCUCCCCAGUGAAUACACAUAUCCUAUGCGUACCUUGCUUGCCACCUGCUCUGCUCCUGCUCCUGCCCCUCCCAGCCCGCCCCCACAUUGGAUUUCUUCAUACAUAAAUAAGACUGUGUUUUUUUUUUUUAAUUCAUCUACUUAUGUUUAGUCUCCUCGUUUAGCCGCAACUGUUGUGUGGUCGACUUGCAAUAUUUAGAGUACAGUUAACGACAUUUAAUUAGCUCUUAGGCCCCCCCAUCCCCCCACACCACCUAAUUUGUAUAUAAAUUUAGACGGAACGACUAACAGUUAUCGAAUACGAAUACUAAAUAAAUUAUUUAGCGAAAUUGGUUACAAGUUAAAUUAGUUGAGUAAAAACCUAGCAAAGAAAUCGAUUAACUGUAGCGAAUCCAAAUCCGAAUCCACAUCCAAAUCUGUAUUUAUUGGCCAUUCAUUGCUAAAGGAACAAACAAAAGCAAAUACGAGUAUAACUAUUUGAUGUCACUGUGUAUUAGAGAACUAAAACCAUAUAUUUAUGCCCAACUAUUUACGUUCUAAGUGUUAAGGCCCCAUCGCAUAUCCCUGCCCAGAGAGCCACGAAAGGCGUUUUUGUGGCAGCCGCCGCGCUUCGCCAACGAACAAACAUACAGCAUAUUGUAUCUGCCACGUUAAUAAUGUCAUGAAAUUAACUUUACACACACAAUACAUACAUAUUUAAAUUCAACUUGAUAACAAAACAAAGAAAAACAAAAUAAAGUUGCAUAUAAUAAACAU